AGCUCAAGCUGCAGCAGCUUCGCAGCUUCGUAGAGUUUGAACAUCAAUUCGGCCGCAGGACAUGUUUGGACGACUCUUUGGACGCAAGAAGGAGGCCGAUGACACCCCCGCCUGUACCUCUUCGGGCAUUGUGCACAAGGUGAAUCUGCCGGAUGGUCCGUCACAGAUGUACUACGAUGAGGAGAAGCAACGAUGGCGAGAAAGGGGGAAGGAACACUUGGAGGAGGAAGAGGAGGACUACGGCGAACCUCCGGUGGAUGGAGAGGAAGUCCCCGAGAAGAAGAAGCCCAAAAAGAGCGCGCCAGAUGCGCCUGAUCAUUUGAAUGCUCUGAUGGCCGUUCCGACCUCCUUGCAAAACUCUUAUUAUGAAAACAAGAGGAAGCAGCCUGCUUCAGUCUUUCGAAAGGCUGGAGAUGAGGAUCCAACAUCCCCCAAAUCCGGGACAGCUGAAGGUCCUCCACCUGACGCAACAGGUGAAGAUGUGGUCAUGAAGGACGAGGAAGGUGCGAAGCCAGAGAAGCCACAAGAGAAGCCUGAGAAGCCUGAAGAUCCUGAAGAAAAGAUAGAAGAGAAGAAGGAGCCACCACCUGAUGGCGAUGGACCUCCCUCAGGGCCUCCAGCUGAAGCAGGAGCCGAUGGACCACCGGCUGGACCUCCUGCAGCCGGCCCCUUCGCGGCGGCCGCCAGCCCCUUCGCCGCCGCGACGGCCGCCACCGCGCCGCCGGCCACGAACCCCUUCGCGCCGAAGGCCUUGGGCGGUGCUGCCACGAAGGUGGUGAAUCCCUUCGCGCCUCGUGCCAUGACAGGUGCACCGAACCCCAAUGCACCGAAAGGCUUCAGGGAGAGCGCCAAGAAACAAGAGAAGAAAAAGGCCGAGAAGAAGUCCAAAGCCUGUCCGUACAAGACACCCUAUGGUGGACAACAGCCACAGGCCAACUUGGAUGAUUUGGAUGCAGAGGGCGGUGGUGAAGCGGGUGAGAUUUGCUUUGUACAGGCGCCCCGGCCGGAGACACCGCCGCCACCCACGCCGAUCAUGGCCUCCGAGGCGCAAGCCAAGGCUCCCGAGCUGGGCGAGACAGGCGAGGAGGAGCACGCUGCCCCACCGGCAGUGCCACCCUCUCCGCUACGCACCGGCAUGCCGGCGUACUCGCCCUUCCAGCAGCCGCAAAUCCCUCGAGGCUAUGGCGGACGCGAGGAGGCGGAGAUGCAGAAGGAGGAAUUGCCCGAGGCGGCGUCAGAGAAGCCGCCAGAAGUCCAAAUCAAGACUCCGGAGAAGAAAGACCCGGAGGCAGCGUCAGAGAAGCCGCCAGAAGUCCAAAUGGAGACUGCACAAAAAGACCCGGAGGCAGCGUCAGAGAAAACGCCGGAAGUCCAAAUGGAGACCGCAGAGAAGAAAGACCCGGAGGCAGCAUCAGAGAAGCCCCCGGAAGUCCACAUGGAGACUGCGGAGAAAGACCCGGAGGCGUCAGAGAAGCCGCCAGAGGUCAAAAUGGAGACUGAGGAGAAACCACCGGAGGUCUCCCCGCGGCCCAGUGAUGAUGGCUGGAACGAUGACUUUGGGUUCUUCUCGGGUGAUGAGGAGGUGAACGUCAAAGCGGAGGAGAAGGAUACCAACUCCGCAUCGGCACCAGUGAGUAUGCCGGCUACGGAUCCUUUCUCAGCACCACCAGUGACUGUGAAGCCAUCAGAUGACGCAAAUCCAUUUGCAUCUGAGGCACCAGCACCAGUGAGUACGCCGGCUACGGAUCCUUUCUCAGCACCACCAGUGGCUGUGAAGCCAUCAGAUGACGCAAAUCGAGCAUCAAAGGCACCAGCACCAGUCACUUGGAUGACAAGUGACUGUGAAGCCAUCAGAUGACGCAAAUCCAUUUGCAUCUGAGGCACCAGCACCAGUGAGUACGCCAGCUACGGAUCCUUUCUCAGCACCACCAGUUGCUUGAAGCCAUCAGAUGGAGCAAAACCAGAGGCACCAGCACCAGU